CUCGGGGACAGGAGGAUGUCCCGGGGACAGGAGAACGUCCCGGGGACAGGAGAACGUCCCGGGGACAGGAGGACGUCCCGGGGACAGGAGAACGUCCCGGGGACAGGAGGAUGUCCCGGGGACAGGAGAACGUCCCGGGGACAGGAGGAUGUCCCGGGCAGGACCCGCCGCCAGCCCCGCGCCGGGGCUGACUCAGCUCCUCCCGCAGCACCACGUGAAGCCGGGGGCAGCCCCCGCGUCCCCCCUCCCCGUCCCCUCCUUCCCUCCAGCCCAUCCAAGCCCGAUGCCUGCCAAAAUUUUCCGGCUGCCUCCGAACUUCCUCAAUCCAGCAGGAUAAAAGCGCAGCGGCCGCGGCUCCCGCAGGCCCAGUCCCGGCGCUCCCACCGACGGCUCCGUGCUGGUGUUCAGCUGGUCCCCAGGAUGUGGUGGCCCUUGCUGCUGGUCCCUGCGGCGCUGGCCCAGCUGCACCCGGAGCGGGAACUGGAUGCGCAGUGGGAGCUCUGGAAAAAAACCCACCGCAAGCAGUACAAUGGCAAGGAGGACGAGCUGACGCGGAGGCUGAUUUGGGAGAAGAACCUCAAAUACAUCAACACCCACAACCUGGAGCACGCCCUGGGCGUCCACACCUUCGAGCUGGCCAUGAACCACCUGGGUGACAUGACCAGCGAGGAGGUGGUGAGGACAAUGACCGGGCUGAAGGUGCCCCGUGGUCACCAACGUCACAACGAGACGCUCUUUGUCCCCGACUGGACCGAGAGAGCCCCGGCUGCCAUGGACUGGCGCAAGAAAGGCUACGUGACCCCUGUCAAGAACCAGGGCCAGUGUGGCUCGUGCUGGGCUUUCAGCUCCGUGGGUGCCCUGGAGGGGCAGCUGAAGAGGAAAACAGGGAAGCUGCUGUCCCUCAGCCCCCAAAACCUGGUGGAUUGUGUGGCUAACAACGACGGCUGCGGGGGCGGGUACAUGACCAACGCCUUCGAGUACGUGCGGCAGAACCGCGGCAUCGACUCCGAGGACUCCUACCCCUACAUUGGCCAGGACGAGAGCUGCAUGUACAGCCCCACUGGGAAGGCGGCCAAGUGCCGCGGCUACCGUGAGAUUCCCGAAGGGAAUGAGAAGGCUCUGAAGAGGGCAGUGGCCCGGAUUGGUCCCAUCGCCGUGGGCAUCGACGCCAGCCUGCCCUCCUUCCAGUUCUACAGCCGGGGUGUGUACUACGACGAGAGCUGCAAUGCUGAGAACAUCAACCACGCCGUGCUGGCCGUGGGCUACGGGGCACAGAAGGGCACCAAGCACUGGAUCAUCAAGAACAGCUGGGGCGAGGAAUGGGGCAACAAGGGCUACGUCCUCCUAGCCCGCAACAUGAACAACGCCUGUGGCGUGGCCAACCUGGCCAGCUUCCCCAAGAUGUGAGGAGCACACCCAGCCCUUCCCUGCCCACUGCCCUGCCUUCAGCUUGGCCUCUUCCCUGCCAGUCUCAAAGAUGACGGUGCUCCCAGGGGGAAUUCUUUGUCUCCGUGAGAAAUUUCCCCUGGGAAGGGGAGAGACACCCCUCUUCCACCUGCAGGGAGUAGGGGACGAGCCCCCCUCAACCCUGUUUUCCACACUUUGCCAUGCUGGCUUCUGCCUUCCCAUGGACUGUGCUUGGCUAGAUCCAAGGCCAAUCCACCCAGACAUGCUUCAGGAAACAGGAUCCACAGCAGCCUCUGCCUCAGGAACACUGGGGUGGAGGUGGGAUAUUCCCAGUGGAGAACAUAGACCCCUCUCCCUCCACCCUGUAUCCCAGUGGAGGCUGCUGAGAAUGAUGUGACUUCAUUUUUCAACUAAAAUUGGGAAUAAGGCUUGGA